AUGAAGUUUAUGAAUCAUGGAGCUCGCGCUGAUCGCGCCGAGCACUCUGGCUCGACCCCAGUGUACAGCUCCACGCAGAAGCAGCUCCCCAUGUUGCAUCUGAAGGACACCGCGCGGAACAAUGUCAUUGCCGUCAUCGGAGAAUUCGUCGGAACCUUCUUGUUCUUGUUUUUCUCGUUCGCGGGCACCCAGGUGUCCAAUACGCCCAAGCCGGUGGACGGUGCGCCACCGAAUACAGCAAACUUGCUCUAUUCAGCCUUGUCGUUCGGGUUUUCCUUGAUGGUCAAUGUCUGGGCCUUUUACCGCGUGACGGGCGGUCUCUUCAAUCCAGCGGUAUUAUGGCACGUCACACUGGCGUUAUGCCUCGUGGGAGGCCUGUCUCCCAUCCGUGGAGUCCUCGUCUUCGCAGCUCAGAUCGUGGCCGGCAUUGCGUCGGCCGGUGUGGUCAGCGCAUUGUUUCCGGGCGACUUGAAUGUCGGAACCCGUCUAGGAGGAGGAGCCUCUAUCUCCCAGGGGCUGUUCAUUGAGAUGUUCCUCACCGCGCAACUCGUCUUUGUGAUCAUCAUGUUGGCGGUGGUGAAACACAAGUCAACCUUUCUGGCCCCGGUCGGAAUUGGUCUCGUCUUCUUUGUCACGGAGAUGAUCGGUAAGUUCAUCCUUUUCCGCUGUCAUCGCACCAUUUGUCUGACACGCAUCAAUGUAGGCGACUACUAUACCGGCGGCUCCCUCAAUCCCGCUCGCUCUCUCGGCCCGGACGUCAUCAACCGCAGCUUCCCGGGCUACCAUUGGAUUUACUGA